AGCAAUUAGGUUUAACAUAUUACAGACAGAGAUCAGAUCACACUCAGUUCCUCUCUCCGCUUCCUCCUUCUUAUCCUACUCCGAUUUUCAUCGUCUUUUUUGUUUCUUUUUUUUCGCAGCCACCAUUCGCAGCCGUUCGACGAGUCCGACACCUGAUUCAGGUGUAUGAUUGGAAAGUACAAUGGGGUUGUCAUCUGUUGCAACUGUCAAUGAAAUGAUAAAGUUUAGCAUAUUUGAUUUGAGAAGAGGACAACAUGAAGGGCAGGAGCUGGACAAGAUUUUGUUUUUCUUUCCUCCUGCUGAUUUGCCCUUUGCAACACAACUUUCUGUGAUUGGACUCAGUGAAGGACUUAUCACUUUUACAAGAAUUUUCUCUCCAGAGGCUGCUUGUGAGGUCAUAGAAGCAGAGGGGCAUUCUCAUGUUUUUUACGAGCCAGAGCCAGAUAUCUGGAUGGUGAUGAUAGUGGAGAAAAGUAAGGAGUCAGAAGCCAUAUGGCGGGUUGAUGCAUUGCGUAGGGUUCUUAAGGAAGUACACUCCCUGUUCGUGAUGUUUCAUGGAGCUAUAAGAGCGUUGCUUGAUAAAGAGCCUGGUGGCGGUCUUAUCCGUUCUCAUUUGUAUUCUUUCAUCAUGGAUUAUUUAGGUGAUUUUCUUAUUGGGAAGAAACUUCAGUUACCUAAUUUUCGUGACUCUUUAAAGGAACGUGGAACUGUACAGAUGUUGACUGUUGGACGUGAAGCUGCAAUUGAAGUUCAGUCACUGGUCAGAGUAUUGGAAUCAUGUGCUGGGAAUACACCGUGCUACUCACUGAUCUUGUUUCAGGACCUGCUAGUGUCCACAACUCUUUACCCAGAGGACACUAUAAACGUAUUUACAUAUGCUGUCCUAAGGUUGACGCCACGUGCUCUAUCCUCUGGGGUGAGUUCUUGGUCCUAUUUACGCAAAGGAAGUGUCUCAUCUCAUGCCGCCCCUGGGUCUAUCUCAGCAAACACUGGUGCAGUUUUGGAGCAAUUUUAUCAUUCACCUGAUACCUCCUCUGGUGGAGAUCGCAGUUAUCGUGUUGCAAGGCCCUUGCAGCAUGACAAGUGGACCAAAGGGAAUGAUGGUUUUCUUGUCACUGAUAUUUGGAAUGCAGAGGCUGGUAGUGUGGUUCCUACCACUCCAACAAUUUGGCUUCAGCAAACGGAGGAGAGAAUGUAUCUCUGUGCUUUUCAGCAUAGAAACCUUACCUUGAUCCUUCUAAUUCCUACCACUUCCAUUCUUAACAGGGAGCAAGGCAUCUCCAUGGUGAAGCAGCAAGUUCUUGAAAAUGCAUCACUAAAGAUUUUCAAAGUUGAGGAAAAAUUAUCAAAAGGAUGGGGUGGGGAGAAUGCAUAUCAUGUGAGUGGGUACCGUUAUUUACUAGUGGAUGGUGACAGAAAUGUAACUAGGGCUUCUCCACCUGCAAAAGUGACAACACUAACGAAGGAAUCUUUGGUUGCCUUAAGUAAGCUUCGAGAGGAGGUUGAUUUGGAAAAGAGUCAGGCAAAAUUGGAUGGCCCAAACUGUGAGAAGGAUUUGGAAAUAUGCAUAAGGGCAAAAAACAAUGCUUGGGUGAUUGCUCGGGUUACAAGAGGGAAGGAACUUUAUAUGGUUUUAGAGAAAGCGAACGAGACACUUCUCUAUGCCUCUGAUGCUAUUGAGAAGUUUAGUGACAGGUAUUGCAAUGGAGCUUUUUCGUUGGAUUAGGAAAAAAUGGUAAGCUUGGAAUACUUGCACUCGGUGGGAUAAUAGAAAAGGUUGUGUUUAUACACUCGACACAUGUUUUUUGUUUCAUGUCCUUGAUUGCAAUCAUUAUUGGCACACUGUAUUCGACGCACUAAAAGCCAAAACACAUGCAGUCAAUGUUGUGCCAACUUGUAUCGGAAUUUGUAUUUCCUCUUAUGAUUUUGCUCUGCACAUAUUUUAGUAUGAAAAGGAAACUGUGUAUUUGAAAAGCCAACUCCCUUUUAACAUUUCUCACAGUUAACCCAUUGAGAUCGGUUAAAUGUC